AUAUGGUUCCACAGAACAUGUUCUCAAAAGAAUUCCUCAGGUUCAAAAUAUAUAGCAGUGACUUGGUAGAACUCCAUUCCCUGACUAUGAAGAAAAGCGGUAUUCCUUUCCUCUUGGGCCUCAUCUUCCUGGUUCUGUUUGGAGUUCAAGGAGCCCCAAUAAUGAGGAAUGACCGUUGUUCCUGCAUCAGUACUAGGCAGGGGAAAAUCCACCCUAAAGCCUUAAAAGACAUUAAACAAUUUGCCCCAAGCCCUUCCUGUGAGAAAACUGAAAUCAUCAGUGCUACAAUGAAGAACGGGAAUGAAGAAUGUCUAAACCCAGAUUCAGGUUAUGUGAAAAAACUGGUGAAGAUGUGGAAAGAAAAGGUCAGCCAAAAGAAAAAGCAAAAGAAAGGGGGAAAACAAAAAAUGAAGACAUUUUUAAAAGCUAAAAGACCCCAACGUCCUCAUCAAAAGAAGACUACAUAAGAGACCACUUUACCCUCAAGUACUUUAUGUUAAAAUUUUUUUUUAAUUAUACUGAAAUAAUUCCAAGAAGGGAUGACCUCUAAUAAAUCAGUUUGUUAGUUUGAAUAGAAAAUCUAAAGUACUCUUUUAAAAAUGUAACUAAAGUUAGAAAGUUGAUUUUGAAACCAAAAUGUUAAGACUUGUUAGAGGCAAUAGUUGUCUUUGUUCCUCUACCCUCAACCAACUGAAUUUCAUCAUGUGUAAGGCUAUGAUCUCAGUAACACCCACAUCUGGACAAAUAUCCACACAAAUACAUCCCACACAUAACAGCUGCCUGGGCUUCCGUGGCCACAAACUACAGCCUCUAGAGAGUAUUCUGAGGUAUGUGUCAGCAAGCCCCAGACCUGUCCAUGUGCCAGUGAGUCAUGCAGUUUGGAAUUGAGCUGGACUCGCCAAGCUGCCAUGGCUGUUGGCAUCUGCAUUUGAACCAACCUGUAGGCCUUUCACACAAUGUGUCUGCUGCUUCCUUCUGAGGAUCCAUCACUGGAGAUCACCAGAGCUUAGCUUUCAGAAACUUCUCUCUGGCUUUUGAGGUCAUGUGACUCUUGCCUGCCCAAAUUGACCACACUAUUUCUUGUCAUUACCCUUCACUUUACUCAAGCCAAUUCUUCACCAUCUUGCCACAAUUUAGUGCCUGUCUUCUCUCCACUACACAAGUUAUGCACUCAUUCAUGAAAUUCAUUCACCUGGGUGUACUCCUUUCUCACUUUUCCCUCUAUACUCCACAGGAAUGCCUUCUUCUCCCUGCUUAUCUCUACUUGAUCCCAGUCUUCAAGGUUCAGUUCAAGUCCUGCCUCUUAAAUAAAACCUUUCUGGAGAGUUGGGUGUAUAGCUCAAUGGUAGAGCAGUUGCCUAGCAUAUGUAACAUCCUGGAUUUGAUCCCUAGCACUGCAAAAAUAAGUAAGUGAAUCUUUCAAAAAUUUUUCUGGAUGCUCAAAUCAUCAUAAAACUACUAUUUCAUGAGUGUUUAGUACAAUAUGGAGGAUCACUUAAUUGUCAUCUAAUUAAUUUCUGAAUGUCUGUUUUCUCUCUCUAACCAGAUUGUCAGUUCCUUGAGGGCAGAGUUACAGUUUAAUUUCCUUGAGUCUGCCACCACAUCUAAAAGACUGUGGAGCUGGGUUUUGAAUAGUUUACUAAUUGUAUCUGUUAUAGGUAGGAAGGCAGUCAGACCACCCUCUCAGAGAAAGCAGGAUGUUUCCUGGCUACUCUACUGUGUCUAACCCUGGGUAACCUCUUUUAAUCAUUAUCUUCUGGCCAUUAUCACUGCAGGAAAGAAGGAUGAAGUAACAUCCUUGUUUAUUAUAUAACAGGAUAUUAACUUGGCUUCUCUAACAAAUAAGAAGCACAUGUUUCAAACAUUUGUGACUAUUCUGGACUAUUAUUCCAGAACAUUCCAGAUAUAUAUGGCAUCUAGAAUCAUGUAAUCUUAUAAUGAAAAGCAGCUUUAGAGAUCACGAAUUGUGACUGAGGAUGUAGCUCAGUGGUCAAGUGCUUGCCUAGUAUGUACAAGGACUGGAGUUUGAUCCCUAGCACUGAAAAACCAGAGAAAAGAAACACACACACAGAGAUGUUAGCCAGUGCCCAACCUUUUGCCACCAAUAUGAAAAUUCCUUCAAUACCAUUCCUGACAAGUUCCAACUUUCUGUAGUUUAAAAAGACAGCUACCAAGAUACUUCUAAAAACUAAUUGAAGGAAAAACAAAUUUCAUUGCCAGGUGACCUUGUUUUAGAAUUUGCAAAGUUUUGUGAUUUUCAAUUAUCACACCAUCUUUCACAAAGAAAAGGAAUGAUAAGACACUAAGAGCCAACGGGAAGAGUGAAUUCUGCUAGUGGAGGCAUGUUUGGUAUCUAGUUAGCCUCUUCGAGGCUGGGAAAUUUCUUCUGAGAGCAUGUUCAGGAAUUGAAUAGGAGAGAAUGUCAUUGGCCACAAUGUAAGCCUAAACUCACCUUCCCAAAUACUGUCACUCCUCAUGCUGCUCGUGAUUUUGAGUGCUGCCCAGUGGUGAUCCCAUCUAAACAACUUUACCUAAUCAUGAAACUCUGUAGGUCCUUUCAUAUAAUUUCUCUGAAAAAAUAUAAAAAUGUUCCAUAUUUUGAGUCUGUGGCCCGGUUACCUUGCACCUCACAGGUAAAGUGGACAGUGUAUAACUGAAAACCAAAGACUACCUAUUUUCAAUAAAUAUUUGUGAUACACAUAUAGUCCCAUAUUCUAAUCAUUCAUCAUUUAUACAUGCAUAUAUACUAAGUAAAUAAUGUUUAAAUUCAAACUAGUAUGACAUAAAAUACUUUGUACUUUGAAGCAUUUUCUUUCUUAAAAGACAAUAGGAUCAAUAAAUAGAUCAUUGAUUGGAAAGUAAA